UGUGACAAGCAGGAGGAACACCGGGCUGUUAUAUACACACGUUUCCUCCAUCCCAGCCUAGGACAUAGCUGGACAUGGAGCUGCUGAGGGGAGAGCUACAUCUGCUGAUCUGGGUGACUACAGCCGUGGUCCUGCUGACAUUUCUAGUCUUCUCCACUGCCCCCCUCCUGGCUGACUACAUUCGCAAACGGAAAAUAAUGAGGCAUAUACCCGGCGUGGGCACCAAUUGGCCCCUGGUGGGGAACGCCCUGCUGCUGAAGCCUAAUGGAGGAGAUUUUUUUCAACAAAUUAUUGAAUUCACUGAGGUGCUCCGAGAUUUACCAUUGUUUAAACUGUGGAUUGGUCCUCUGCCCUUUCUAAUAGUUUAUCAUGCUGAAACUGUAGAGCCUAUACUUAGCACAUCAAAACACAUGGACAAGUCCUUUGCAUAUAAAUUUCUUCAUCCUUGGCUUGGAUUGGGGCUCUUAACUAGCACUGGGGAAAAGUGGAGAACAAGAAGAAAGAUGAUAACUCCAACUUUCCACUUUGCCAUCCUUGCUGAAUUCUUGGAAGUUAUGAAUGAGCAGUCAAAAAUAUUGGUGGAUAAGCUUCAUACUCGUGUUGGCAGUGGAUCCUUUAACUGCUUCAUGGAUAUAACUCUUUGUGCUUUGGAUAUAAUAUGUGAGACGGCCAUGGGAACGAAAAUCCAAGCACAGAACAACAGUGAUUCUGAUUACAUCAAGGCUAUCUAUGAAAUGAGUGACAUAAUACACCGUCGGCAGAAGAUGCCCUGGUUGUGGCCAGAUUUUGUGUACUCACGUCUGCAAGCUGGAAAGAAUCAUCAUAAAAACCUGAAAAUCCUCCACUCAUUUACUGAUAAAACCAUUUUAGAAAGAGCGCAAGAACUGAAAAACGCUGAGGCAUUUCCCGAUGACAGUGCAGAGUCUAAGAAACCCAAAAAACGAAGUGCUUUCUUGGAUAUGCUUCUCAAAGUGACCGACGAUGCUGGUAAUACCUUAAGCCACAGGGACAUCCGUGAAGAAGUUGACACAUUCAUGUUUGAG